ACUGGAAAUAUACCCCAUAAUCUGAGAGCCAGUUAUUCUGGCAACCAGCAAUAUCUGUUGUGCUUCAGUAUAUAUUUUGUUAUCACUUCUUAUCACAUAAAAGCGAAUCGGCCUUCCAUAAUAAUUGAUUGAUUGCUCUAUUUAAAGAACACUAGAAUUAUAUCGUUACACAGAGUGUAUAGAUUGGGUAUUCAGCCAGCGAGCAAAAUGGUCCAGAAACAUACCGUUGCUGGUUACGAGAGCUUCCUGGCCUUCAUGAGAGAUUUCCCCAGCGAUGGACAAAUAAUAAACGUCCUCUUCACAGGAGCCAAACAGGAGAACGGUGUUAGUUGGUGCAGCGAUUGUGUUGAAGCUACCCCAUUCAUCGAAGAAGCCUUGGCGAAAGCUCCGGAAGGCUCGCAUUUCGUUUACGUGGAUGUCGGCGAUAGACCAACCUGGAAGGAUAUGAACAAUCCUUUUCGGAAAGACACCAGCACCCACCUCAGUGUUAUACCUACCCUCGUCCGCUGGAAAAAUCCCCAACGCAUCGAGGGCGAGCAGUGCGCGAAGCCGGAUUUGCUGGAAAUGUUUUUCACCGACGAUGAUUGAGGUUGAACUUUUUCUGAAGUGCGAUAUUUCAUGAGCGACGAAAUGCAAUGUGUUAUAAGAGUUAAGAUGAACAAUGGCAUUUUUGUACGAUAAUAUCUUUUUACAUUCGAAAUACAAUCGUUUUAUCUUGAUAAGACGUUU